AUGCUUUUGUUUAGGCUUCCAGUAGUACAGAAUAUUGUUCACAGCGAUCUAAAACUGGAAAACAUUUUAGUUAAAAGCAGUGACAUCGGUGAAGCAAAUGAAAUGAAAUUAAACAUAAAGGUGGCUGACUUCACUUUAGCUUUACAAAAACCUGGUGGUAGUGAGAGCAUGUUUCAGUCUAUCUGUGGGACUCCUAUAUACAUGGCCCCUGAAGUGAUCAGUGCCUAUGACUACAGCCAACAGUGUGACAUUUGGAGCAUAGGUGUCAUUAUGUACAUGCUGGUGAAACACAUGUUAUCCAGAGAUCAUGUCUUAACGAAGGAAUUAAAGAAGGAAUGGAAUAAUAAUCUAGACAUUGGUGAGGAAUGCAAUAUACAAGGAGAAUCAAGUAACCCUGCUACUACGUGUCAACAGGAUGAAACCAGUGAAGCACAAGAAAGCUCCACCAGUAACAAUGGUAACAUAGAACUUGGUGCAGAAAUUGAAAUGGAGAAUGGGGCAACAAAUACUCCACACCAGCAAAACAGGUAUAUUUCUGUUUUCACAAAUCCUCAUGCUUUUUGCCGCAGACCAGAUGUAGGCCCUAUGCUGCCCCAUACAAGAAGACUCAAGGCAAAUCCUGACCUUGAUGUGCUGACAGUUUACACCAAGGACUCCAAUGAAAUGGUGACGGUUUACAUGGGGCAAGGAUCUGUCCCUUACGGUUUAAAGAGAGGGUGA